UACAGAUUAUGAAUCAGCAGCCUGCGCAGGGGCGAGCCGACGGUGCGAACCUAUAUAAAGCAGCGCGACGGUUCAUGAGCAUAAACAGUCUAAGGCCUCUGAUAAAUUCUACGCACCUUUCAAGUCGCACCCGCUAGCAAUCAGCCCAGGAUGUCUCACGGAAAGCAAUUCACCCUCUUCACUCACGCUGGCGGUCCUAAUGGAUGGAAGGUCGCCUUCACACUCGCAGAACUGGGGUUGGAAUACGUUCCGAAGUAUCUGGAUUUUGGCAAGCAAGAGCAGAAGGGUCCGGAGUACACGAAGUACAACCCGAACGGCCGUAUCCCAACGCUGAUCGACCACGCUAACAACGACUUCACCAUCUGGGAGUCCAACGCGAUUAUGACGUACCUCGUCGAGAAGUACGACACCGAGCACAAGAUCUCAGCGUCGAACCUCGACGACAAGAUGCAGCAACUACAAUGGCUCUUCUUCCAGGCCUCCGGUCAAGGCCCGUACUUUGGCCAGGCCGUCUGGUUCUCAAAAUUCCACCCAGAGAAGGUCCCCAGCGCUGUCGAGCGGUACCAGAAGGAGGCCAUCCGCGUCUUAGGUGUCCUCGAAAGUGUCCUAGCCAAGCAGGAGUGGCUCGUCGGCGGGAAGUGCACUAUUGCAGAUCUCUCAUUCAUCACAUGGAACCAGGCCGCGUUCGGGUACAUUUUGAAGGACCAUCCCGACUUCAACCUGCAAAAAGACUACCCUGCGGUGAACAGGUGGCACAACGCCUUGGUUUCCAGGAAGGCGGUUGCGGAGCAACUCGCAUAUAAGGAUUCGCUCAUGUAAAAGCCCGAGGCGCAUGAGAGCGGGUGUAGCUUGUCGCAUUUGCAUGUAUGUCAGAACGCAGGAAUGGUAUCAUGUGUUGUU